AUGUUCUCCUUCACCACCCUCGUCGCUGUCUUGUCCAUCCUCGGCGCCUCGACCGCUGCCCCGGUCCCCGGCUCCCUCGGUACCAUCCUCGACCCCACUCUCGAAGGUCUUCAGCCUACCGUUGCUGGACUCGGCCUCCCCGUCCUCGUCCCCACCGUCGCUGGUCUCCAGGGUACCGUCGACGUCCUGAAGAGGCACAUUGAGCUCCUCGAGCGCGAGCCUGGUUCCCUCGGCACCAUCCUCGACCCGACCCUCACUGGCCUCCAACCCACUGUCGCUGGUCUCGGCCUCGGUGUCCUCAACCCUACCGUCGAGGGUCUCAAGGGCACCGUGGAUGUCGCUAAGCGCGGCGAGCUCGGCACCCUCCUCAACCCUACCCUUGAGGGACUUCAGCCUACCGUCGCUGGUAUCGGUCUUCCCGUUCUCAACCCCACCGUCGCUGGCCUGCAGGGCACCGUCGAUGUCUUGAAGAGGCACAUUGAGCUCCUCGAGCGUGAGCCAGGAUCCCUCGGCACCAUCCUCGACCCCACCCUCACUGGUCUUCAGCCUACCGUCGCCGGUCUCGGUCUCGGUGUCCUCAACCCCACAGUGGCCGGCCUCAAGGGUACCGUCGACGUCGCCAAGCGCCAGGCCCUCGGCGAGACCCUCGACCCCCUCCUCACCGGUCUCCAGCCCACUGUCGCCGGUCUUGGUCUCGGUGUCCUUAAUCCUACCGUCGCUGGCCUCAAGGGCACUGUCGACGUCGCCAAGCGCGGCGAGCUUGGUACGCUUCUCGACCCUACUCUCGAGGGUCUCCAGCCCACCGUUGCUGGCCUCGGUCUCCCCGUCCUUAACCCCACUGUCGCUGGUCUCCAGGGUACCGUCGACGUGUUGAAGCGUCACAUCGAGAUGCUUGAGCGUGAGCCCGGAUCCCUCGGCACUAUCCUCGAACCCACUCUUACCGGUCUCCAGCCCACCGUCGCAGGCCUUGGUCUUGGUGUCCUCAACCCCACUGUCGCUGGCCUCAAGGGCACCGUCGACGUUGCCAAGCGUGGCGAGCUCGGCACCAUCCUCGACCCCACUCUCGAGGGUCUUCAGCCCACCGUCGCCGGCCUCGGCCUUCCCGUCCUCGUCCCCACAGUUGCCGGUCUCCAGGGCACUGUCGACACCCUCUGA